AGAAUUUUUAAGAACUUUGUCAUUUAUCAAAGUAGCCUACCUUAAUGAUAUGAUAUUACGAUUAUUGGUACUUAUUCUGAUUAUGCUAUGUACUUUUUUAUGAUUCUAGGAGAUUCUGAAUUGCAUCAGGAAUUGGAAAAAAAUGAAACUCCGCAAGAAUUGAAAAGCAAUGUCACUAGAGCAGACGCAGACGACAAUACAUUCAACAAAAUAAUGAUAGUAGAAGACGGCCAAGAAGUUGGAGGUAUUUCAGAAUCACUUGCGGAAUCAAAUAGCAAUAUGAAUUAUUAUUGCACAGAUGCAGAUGAAAAUACACUGAACAAAAUAGUCAUGGGUGAACUCUGCCAAGAAAUUGGAGGUAUUUCUGAACUACACGAGGAAUCAAAUAACAAUAUAGUUUGCACAGAUGAAUAUGAGAAUACAAUAAUCACUAUUGUCAUAAAUGGGAACUGCCAAGGAGGUAAAAAUUUUCAUAAUGAAUAUCUUUUUCUUUAUUCAUUUAUAUUCCAUCUUAUCAUGGAAUAAGAUCAUAUUAUUAUUACUUCUAUUCAUGUUAAUGCAGAUGCUACAUAGAUCUGUUUGGUUGUCAAAUGCUUCUUGGAUGAAGAUGCAGAAAGGUUAGAGCCCUAUGUGUGCAAGAUGGACUGACAAGAUUAUUUUGCCAACAGUAAACUGCCCAGCAUAUUAAAUUCAUCAGCAGUGUUCAGUGAA